AUGGGUUACCCAGAAACCGCAACUGGAUUCGUCAUCAAGGAUCCCAAGCAAUGGCAGACUUUCCACAAGGAAGAAUUCAAGCUCAAGACAUUCAAGGAAGAUGAUGUUGACAUCGCAAUCGACGCCUGUGGUGUUUGUGGUUCCGACGUUCACUCUAUCACCGGCGGCUGGGGCGAAACUCCUCUCCCUCUCUGUGUCGGACACGAGAUCAUCGGCCGUGCCGUCAAGGUUGGCAGCAAGGUCAAGGACAUCAAGGUCGGCGACAGAGUCGGAGUUGGUGCACAGGUCGGAGCCGACCUGACUUGCGACAACUGCAAGGCCGACCAGGAGAACUACUGCCCCAACCAGAUCGAUACCUAUGGUGCCAAGUUUGACGACGGCAUUGUCUCUCAAGGUGGCUUUUCAUCCCACAUCCGCGUACAGGAAUAUUUUGUCUUCAAGAUCCCCGAGAACCUCGACACCGCCAUUGCAGCACCUAUGCUGUGCGCUGGAUUGACAACAUACUCCCCUCUCGUCCGUCUCGGUGCCGGCCCUGGCAAGAAGGUUGGCAUUGUUGGUAUCGGUGGACUCGGUCACUUCGCUCUGAUGUGGGCACAUGCUCUUGGUGCAGAGGUCUUUGCCAUUUCCCACACCAAGGAAAAGGAAGCAGACGCAAAGAAGCUCGGAGCCGACCACUUCAUUUACUCUGGAGAAAAGGACUGGGCCAAGCCGUAUGCCUUCAAGUUUGACUUCAUUCUCAACUGCUCCGAUAUGACCCAAGAAUUCGACAUGUCUGCCUACCUCAGCACUCUCAAGGUUAUGGGCCGCUUCCACAACGUUGGUCUUCCCGACUACGACCUCCCUGCCAUGAAGGCGCAAGACUUUGCUCCCAACGGAUCCUACAUCGGUGCCAGUCACAUUGGCAACCACCCCGAGAUGGUCGCCAUGCUUGAGCUUGCUUCGAAGCAAAACAUCAAGUCAUGGAUCGAGACGAUCCCCAUUUCAGCUGAAGGCUGCGCCAAAGCUGUCACUGGUGUCAAGGAGAACAAGGUUCGCUACCGCUACACUCUGACCGGAUUCGACGAGGCAUUUGGCAAGCGCUACUAG